CGGAAAUGGCGAAGCACAUCGCAAGCAUUUCUGUAGAUGAGAGCGUAGGUGCCCCUCCAUCAUCCUGAAGGAUCGUGGAGCGCCCGCAGUCGAAAAAAGGAUAGAAGCGACAAGAUAGGUGUCAGGGUCUAGAGCCCCAAUAGCAGCGACGCCAUCUCGUCGCCCAGUGCGCCUAGACCACACACAAGGAUUUCAUUCGAAGAAUACUGGCGAAGAGGACGAUGCAAGCGCAGUCAUACUCCGCCUGGGUGAGAUGCUCAAAGACCAUUGUUGCGUGGUUAUCCCUACGUUUCCACUCAGGCAACACCGACACCAGAACACCGCUGUGUUGCACGCUGUGUUGAGCCUCUUAGGCUCUUCUCCGCCCAAUGUUUCACAUUGCUGCAGUCAGAACGUCCUCCGCACGGAAACGAGCACGCAUACAACCGCUCAAGUACUCACCAGCCAUCACCCACGCUUGAAGCGUGGGCACAUCAUUUCGAGCCAUCGGUGCAUACCGGGCCUCACGUACUCACAGUUGCUGCGCUGAAUGCGGGUCGGCCGGGUGGGGUCGGCAGACGGUCCGAGUCGAUGUUCAGUACCCUAGGUCCUCAGCGUCAGAAUCGGGUGAAUACGAGCAUGUCUCGCGCGGCACAGAAGAGGCUGAUUCCAGGCAGAGAGCGCACGGCGCGGUAGCGUCAGUCGUCGUGAACGAGGUGGUCGUGGUUGCAGUCUCAAUGAUUGCGUUGCGACCUGGAAUUGAGGCUUGGCGAGAGGCCUCGAGUAACGAAUUCGGCCGGUCGGACCUCGAGCUCGAGUGGUGACGUCGUUUGGCCUCUGGGCGUCUACCACCUCACCUUUUCCUCGCUCUGGGCGUUCCCCCACAUCCUGCUCCCAUAUCCCGUCCACCACCCUCGUCCACACCUUCUCUGUUUUGUUGCUUCAUAAAUACCCUGAAACCAUGUCGACCAGACAAGCCCGCCGCCCGAAUGCCUCCGCCCCCUCAGAUGGAUCGCGGACGAUCACCGUGCACGACAACCAGCCGCACGAGGACGAGAGCUCGGACAGUCAGGCUGUGGGCACCCUUCGCCUCCGCGGCGUCGCGCGGCACAGACAGCGUGUGGUCUGGCGAGAAGAUGUUGUAGAUAACGAGGGUGCGGGGAAGAAGAAGUCGAAGAUCUGCUGUAUCUACCACAAGCCGAGGCAGUUUGACGAGUCGUCUUCAUCCGAGUCGAGUGACUCAGACACGGAUUCUGACUCUGAUGCACCUGCCCGCCGACGGUGUAAUCGCGACCAUGAACAUGUCCACGACCACUCGGAGGGAGCGCACGGCACCGCGUCAAGGAGCGGGGAGGGUAGUGGCGUCGUGCACGAGCUCGAGAGCGACAGCGAUGAUACCAAUGCUUAUGAGCGAAUGCCUCGCCGAAAGCCGAAGAAGGCACAAAGCAAAGAUGACUCCUAGAUCUUCGUAUUAUCAGUUACGGAUGCGCCGCGAUGUUUUCUUGCACUUGUAUCAUACCGCCACUGUAGUUGAGUCCUCAUUUCCAGUCCG